AUGGAUGCAAUUAUGUACACUAAGAUUUUAAACAAGAAUCUGAAAAAAUCAGCUAAGGAUUUAGGCUUGGAUGAAAAUUUUGUCUUUCAGCAAGAUAAUGAUCCUAAGCACACUGCUAAGAUCACAGAUGAUUGGUUUGAAAAAAAUGAUAUCAAUGUUUUAGAUUGGCCUUCUCGGAGUCCAGAUCUUAAUCCGAUUGAAAAUCUAUGGCAAUAUUUAAAAUUACGUGUACAUGAAAGAUUAUCAAAAUCAAUUAAAGAUAUGGAAGAAAUAGUAAUAGAGGAAUGA